AUGGCUGUCUUUGGCUUUGGCUUUGGCUUUGUCACCAUCAGUGUGUCAGACAGCACAUCCUACAUUCUUGCAGUAGUCCACUUGGUCACCACUUCUAUUGUCUGGUCUGCUAAUCCAGUCUCUCAUUCAGACAACUUUGUGUUUGACAAGGAUGGCAAUGCCUACCUGCAGUCUGGAGGUUCCACGGUCUGGACUGCCAAUAUCUCCGGCAAGGGGGGCACCUCUAUGCAGCUGCUAGACUCGGGCAAUCUUGUAGUGCUUGACAAGGACGGCUCUUCUCCUCUGUGGCAGAGUUUCAGCCAUCCAACAGACACACUUCUGUCUGGACAGAGCUUCGUUGAGGGGAUGAAUUUGAGUGUGAAUGGCAAGAGUGUUCUUCCUAUCACAGUUCCGCAGGACUCAUGUGACAUGCCUGCCCACUGCAAGCCGUACUCCAUUUGCAACAGCGGGACAGGGUGCCAGUGUCCUUCAGCCCUCAGCUCCUAUGCAAACUGCGACCCUGGCAUCAUAUCACCAUGCAACUCAAAGGACAAGUUUCAGCUGGUUCAACUGGACAGUGGUGUUGGGUAUGUCGGCGCUAGAUUCACAUCGCCUGUGCCCAAGACAAACCUCACAGGAUGCAAGAAUGCUUGCAUGGGUAACUGCUCAUGCAUUGCUGUAUUCUUUGACCAAAGUUCAGGAAAUUGCUUCCUUUUCGACCAGAUAGGAAGCUUGCAACAGAAAGAUGGAAGGGUCCUUGUGUAUGUUGGUUUCUGCAUUUACCGAAGGAGUCACCAUACACCCUCGCAUGAUGAUGCUGGUUCAUCAGAAGAUGAUGGUUUCCUGCAAACUAUAUCAGGAGCACCGACACGGUAUACUUACUAUGCGACAAACAACUUCUCAGACAAGCUUGGCCAGGGAGGGUUUGGAUCUGUGUAUCUUGGUACACUGCUUGAUGGCAGUCGCAUCGCUGUAAAGAAGGUAGAGGGCAUAGGACAAGGGAAGAAAGAAUUCCGUUCUGAGGUGACCAUCAUUGGCAGCAUACAUCACAUCCAUCUUGUCAAACUCCGAGGCUUUUGUGCUGAAGGAGCACACAGGCUUCUUGCAUACGAGUACAUGGCAAAAGGGUCUCUAGAUAGAUGGAUUUUCCAAAGAAAUGAGGAUUCCUCCCUGCUGGACUGGGAAACAAGGUUUAACAUUGCCCUUGGAACAGCCAAGGGGUUGGCAUACCUCCACCAGGACUGUGAGUCGAAGAUCAUUCACUGUGACAUCAAACCUGAGAAUGUCCUCCUUGAUGACAACUUCCUCGCAAAGGUGUCAGACUUUGGCCUUGCCAAGUUAAUGACCAGGGAGCAGAGCCAUGUGUUCACGACGCUCAGAGGCACGCGGGGCUACCUUGCACCUGAAUGGAUCACCAACUAUGCCAUCUCAGAGAAGAGCGACGUGUACAGCUACGGGAUGGUUCUCCUUGAGAUAAUCAGUUGGAGGAAGAGCUAUGAUCCUGUGGAAGGCUCGGAGAAAGCUCACUUCCCCUCCUAUGCUAGCUAA